CUCCCUUCAGCAGCAGGCCAGCUGUGUGUCAGGGUCGGGGGGUGCAGAGAGUCAGGACAGAAUGAGGGAUAGCCCGGCCCCCAGCUCGGCCUCCUCGUCAGUGACAGAUCUGUACUGCACCCCUCACAGCAGUAGGUCAGACCUCUUCCUGCCGGGCACGGCCGGGGACUUCAGCCUGAGCGCCAGCCUGUCGGCCUGUACGCUGCUUUAUGAGGGGGCCGUGGAGCCCAUGCAGAUCGAUGUGGACCCCCAGGAGGACCCGCAGAACGCACCCGAUGUCAACUACGUGGUGGAGAACCCCACCCUGGAUCUGGAGCAGUACGCGGCCAGCUACAGUGGGCUAAUGCGCAUCGAACGACUGCAGUUCAUUGCUGACCACUGCCCCCCGCUGCGGGUGGAGGCCCUGAAGAUGGCCCUCUCCUUUGUGCAGAGGACCUUCAACGUGGACAUGUAUGAAGAGAUCCACCGCAAGCUCUCGGAGGCCACCAGGUACUCCCUCAGGGAGCUGCAGAAUGCACCCGACACCAUCCCCGAGAGUGGCGUGGAGCCGCCGCCCCUUGACACGGCCUGGGUGGAGGCCACGCGGAAGAAGGCCUUGCUGAAGCUGGAGAAGCUGGACACAGACCUAAAGAACUACAAGGGCAACUCCAUCAAGGAGAGUAUCAGGCGCGGCCACGACGACCUUGGUGACCACUAUCUGGACUGUGGGGACCUGAGCAAUGCCCUCAAGUGUUACUCCCGGGCCCGGGACUACUGCACCAGCGCCAAGCAUGUCAUCAACAUGUGCCUCAACGUCAUCAAGGUCAGCGUCUACUUGCAGAACUGGUCUCAUGUGCUGAGCUACGUCAGCAAGGCCGAGUCCACCCCGGAGAUUGCCGAGCAGCGUGGGGAGCGGGACAGCCAGACCCAGGCGAUCCUCACCAAGCUCAAGUGUGCUGCAGGCCUGGCCGAGUUGGCCGCGCGCAAGUACAAGCAGGCUGCCAAGUGCUUCUUGCUGGCUUCAUUCGAUCACUGUGAUUUCCCCGAGCUGCUUUCUCCCAGCAACGUGGCUGUCUAUGGUGGCCUGUGUGCCUUGGCCACUUUUGACCGGCAGGAGCUGCAGCGCAACGUCAUCUCCAGCAGCUCCUUCAAGUUGUUCUUGGAGCUGGAGCCGCAGGUUCGAGACAUCAUCUUCAAAUUCUAUGAGUCCAAGUACGCCUCGUGCCUAAAGAUGCUGGAUGAGAUGAAGGACAACCUGCUCUUGGACAUGUACCUGGCCCCCCACGUCAGGACCCUGUACACCCAGAUCCGCAACCGCGCCCUCAUCCAGUAUUUCAGCCCCUACGUGUCAGCGGACAUGCACAAGAUGGCCGCAGCCUUCAACACCACCGUGGCGGCGCUGGAGGAUGAGCUGACGCAGCUCAUCCUGGAGGGGCUCAUCAACGCCCGCAUCGACUCCCACAGCAAGAUCCUGUACGCCAGGGAUGUGGAUCAGCGCAGCACCACCUUUGAGAAGUCGCUGCUGAUGGGGAAGGAGUUCCAGAGGCGGGCCAAAGCGACGAUCCUGCGAGCAGCCGUGCUGCGCAAUCAGGUUCAUGUCAAGCCGCGUCUCCGCCCCAGUCCCCUCCCCGAGAAGGGAGCCAGGGGGAGCUGACGCCGGCCAACAGCCAGUCCCGAAUGAGCACCAACAUGUGAGGGCGCCCGUCGGCCUCCAGGAUGGUCUCUGCGCCCCGCCCCUGCCCCGUGCCCCCACCCUCGGGCUCGGACACGCAGGCUCCCCAUUGGUCGUGUGGCGCUUCUGGAGGUGCCCCCCGUGCAGAACCCCCGCCGGGGCAUCCACUUCUGGCUUCUCGGGCCCCCUCCACCCUGUUGUACCCUGGCGACGUGGGCCGCUGCUCAGGGCCCUUCCUGGAAGGAGAGGCCUGCAGGACUCACCUGCCCCCCUUCCCCCUGCGCACACCGGCGGCACGGACUCCCAGUCUCCCUGUUCUUGUGUCAUUUGGGGUUCUAGACCAGUUCAGUCUCAGUCCAUUAAAGGGCAGCCU